ACGAAGGUUGGUAACACUGGACAUAUUUGAGUACACAUAACCUCACUCAAAUUUGGACAAAUUCAAACUCUUUAACCAAAUAAUUACCGCAAUGUUGUAACAAUAAUAAUAAUUAACCACACUCUUUACUUAAUCAUUCACACACCACGAUGUUCGACAAAUCCGAAAUGGACCAGGUGCUCCUGGCCACCGGGGGCUACGACCACACAAUCAAACUCUGGCAUACCCACUCAGGGAUCUGCUACCGGACUAUGCAGCACGCCGAAUCGCAAGUCAACGCCCUGGAAAUAACCCCCGACAAGCAACUCAUCGCAGCCGCCAGUUACCAGCACAUCUACAUGUACGAUUUAAACUCGAACAACCCCAACGCCAUCGUCAACUACGACGGGACUACGAAAAACGUGACCGACGUGGGCUUCCAAGUCGACGGUAAGUGGAUGUACUCCGGGGGCGAAGACUGCCGCGUGAGACUCUGGGACCUGCGCUCCAAAGGGACCCAAUGCCCGAAAAUUUUCGAAGUGCUGGCACCCGUGACGUGCGUGUGUUUGCACCCGAAUCAAGUGGAGCUGUUUGUGGGGGACCAGAGCGGGAUUAUUCACCGAUGGGACCUCAAAACCGACCACAACGAGCAGCUGAUUCCCGAAAGCGACGCCAUGAUUUUGGAUAUUGCGAUCGACCCGUUGGGGACUCACAUGGCCGCGGUUAAUAACAAAGGUAGGUGUUAUAUUUGGAGUUUGAAGUCAGGGAAGAUCGACGAGCCCACGAAAAUGAACCCUAAGCAUAAGUUUGAGGCGCAUAAGCGGCAUGCGCUCAAGUGUGAGUUCAGCCCGGAUUCACGGUACUUAGUAACAACGUCUGCAGACCAAACUGCGAAAAUUUGGAACACGGGUGAUUUUUCGUUGCGCCAGGAAUUAAAAGUUGAGAACCAGAGGUGGGUGUGGGAUGCCGCUUUUAGUUCGGAUUCGCAGUACGUUUUCACAGCUUCGUCUGACGGGUGUGCGAAAAUAUGGAAUAUUGAGACAGGUUCAAUGGAAAAAGAGUACGCAGGACAUCAAAAGGCCAUAACGGCGUUGGCAUUCAGGGACUGUGCUGUUUAAGUAGCAUUUAUUCCAGAAUACUUGUAAUUUUUUAAUUAAUGUACAUUCGUUUUGUGUAAAAAGAGGAACAAGGGUAGCAGCAUU